AUGCAAUUUUAUAAUUUCUUUAGAGAGCUUCAUAUUAGGCUUCUGUCGACUCUUGCUCUGGAUUAUUUAGAGCCCAGAGUGAGGGGUGGUGUGGAUAAAAGAAGGUUCCUCCUAAACUGUAGAAAUUAUCUGACAACCCCCAGAGAGCGUUCGAUUGACGAUGUUGUGGAAGUGUUCGAUCUUCUAGAAUCCAAAGGACUCCUCGCUCCUGGAGGUUACACGGUUCUUAGAGAACUGGUGCAAAACAUAGGAGUGGAUCUAGUGAGAGAAAUUGACCAGACAGAGGCACAGAUGGGUCUAAAUCGGGGUGACGGAGCUGUACGUACAGCAAUGCCUGCCGCACCAGGAAAUCAUGUGUACAAUACAUAUAACAUCAACAAUAUUGAGGCGAGAAACGGCAUAAUCUCCAUCGCUAAUUCCGACCACGCAACUGUUGUGCAGAACACAUGAAGACAAUUUCAUUAAAAUGAAAACAUUUUCUUAUUGAAGACGAUUUUGAAUAGAAGAAAUAACAGUUAAAGGACACCAAAUUGUUCAUCUUUAUUGAAGAACUGGUAGAUUUGCCUUGCUUAUAGUUUUAAUUAUGUGUUGCU